GGCAGCUCCCAGCUGCUCCUAUCUGUGGUGUAAUGGCCAGAGAGGCCGUGGGUGGCAGGAGGGGGAACCACUGGGAAAGCGAUCACGGCUGCUAAAAAUCUCCAUGGGCUGGGCUCGCACAGCUGCCGGCCCCGGAGUUGCUGAACUUUGGGGCUCGUGGGCUGGCGAGGCAGCCCCGCUCGCUCUCAUCCCGGGAGGGACCCGGCGUGCGCCCUAGCGCGCUGCGCCCCUGGGGCUCCCCAAGGCGGAGGCGCACGGAAGCCCCUGGGCGCGCCGCUCUCUCCCCCUUCUCCAGCUGCUAGCGAUGUGGGGCCGAUCUCCCUUCCCUAGCUAGGGCAUCUCCCUGCUCCCCGCACCCACCCACGUCUCCUCCUCCUCCUCCUCCUCCUCCUCCUCUCCCCCGGCGCCUGCCCCUUCCCGGGACUCCACGGAGCGUCUCCAGUAGCCGCGGGUCCCGGGCGCCCCCCGCGCCCCUCUCGGAGGGGGCAGGAGGGUGAUGGUCGGCUCCGCUCAGGUCCAAGUGGUUGAAAGGUGAAUCCGCCUCCAUUUCCGCCCGGCGACGGAGCCCUGCCCACCGCAGGGAGCAGAGGGAACCGGCGCACCGCCACUCCGGGCGCAGCCAGGCUGGGGUACGCCUGCAAAAUGGUCAGCUCCGCCGGGGAGAUUGCAGUGGUCGCGCUGGGUAUUUUACUAGCUGUGUGCCAUGCCUUGGAGAACACAACAUCUGCCUUGAGUGGUCCCCCAGUGGCUGCCGCAGUCCGUUCCCAUUUUAACGACUGUCCUGACUCCCACAGUCACUUCUGCUUCCACGGGACCUGCAGGUUUCUGGUGCAAGAGGAGAAGCCAGCAUGUGUCUGCCAUUCUGGGUUUGUCGGGACGCGAUGCGAACACGCAGACCUCCUUGCAGUGGUAGCUGCCAAUCAGAAGAAACAAACCAUCACUGCCUUGGUGGUGGUUUCAGUGGUAGCAUCCGUCGUCCUUAUUGUGGCCUGUGUACUAAUACAUUGCUGUAGGAUAAGAAAACAUUGUGAGUGGUGCCGAGCCUUCAUCUGCAGACACGAGAAGCCCAGCGGGCUCCUGAAGGGGGGAACUUCCUGUUGCCAUUCAGAGACAGUGGUCUGAAGGAGAACUGGAUCUGACCAAUAUAUUAAUUGCCAUGGCCAGAUGGGACUGCUGCAGUAUAAUAAAGGAGGCCUAUCCCAUUCCAGAGAAGAACAUUUUUCCAUGGAAGAAAAUGCUCUGAUGGGGGAUUAGUAUCAAGCAUACACUACAUUACCUUGACUCUUCAUAUGCAUCCUGUAUUAUAGGCUGAGCUUUCGGAACCUUGCCAAAUCGAGGGCACCAUCUCCAUGGGGCUAUGCAAUGUGAAGCCAUGAAGGAAUGAGUAGACCACCUCUCAACCACCAUGGAAUCUUAAACUGUUUUAUGAGACUUCAGACUCGGACACAAAAGAACGGCACGUGGGUCAGCUUCACGUUUACGUAGAUGUGACGACUUUGGGGGGGGGGUUUGGGCGGGGGGGUAGGUUUGACACCAGUGAUUGGGAGGGGGGGAAGCUUACUGGAACUGUCUGUCGUUAUCUGUCCUGCUUUGAGACUUUAUGAAACCUACCUGAAGGCUGGGUCUUUGGUUCAUGCAUUUGUUACAUAUUUGACUCUUUAGGAGGAGCAGUUGCAGGUCUCUGUUUUUCAAAAGAGAGAACGCAGCCCUUUCAAAGGAAUGUCCUAUUUGCCUGACUGCGAUUUUUUUUCCUUUGUGCUGCCGGGGCCAUUGGGACAUUCGCCCUGCCAGAUGAAAUCUGGGGUGGGGGAAAUACAGGACGAGGUGGACUGGCCAGGGCUAUCCUUUCCUUUUCUGAUGAUAUUCAAUUCUUCUUCAUCAGGAGACAAGUUGCAAAAGAAAAAUGGCAACGCGCGAGCCAGUGUGGCGGGAGGUGGAAUGUGUUCAAGCCCCCGCAGUCCUUUGCGUUUUAAAUGUGAUGGCAGAAAAUAUUACAAGUUUUUUGAGGCAGAAAAAUGUGUUUGCGGAUUAAAUGUCUUCGAUGUACUUGGAAAGCUGAAAAAAUGGAGCAUGGAAAUAAGCAUAACAAAAUGGCAGCCAUUGGGGUGGUGGCAAUCUGGGCAUUUAGAGCCUGAUCCAAAGCUUAUUAAAGUCUUUCCAAUGUCUGUAAUGGGUUUGGAUGAGGCCCAUAGACAUGUGGCUUUUUGCAUUUCUUUAUGCUCACUAGGGACUGUUCAGAAAACUUUAGGAGUUGCUAUGUUAUGACAGCAGGAAACCUAGGGCCCAAUCCUGCAAACCCUUCCACAUGGGAAUAGAAUAAACUCAUGGGGUCUGAUUUUGAUCUUGCUUACACUGGUGUAACUCCAUUGGUUACUCCUAGUUUACUCUGGAGUGAGAUCAGAAUCAGGCCCUCUUAAGUAAAUGGGACUAUUCCCUGGAGUAUGAAUUAUAACUUGUAGGUAAAUGUUUGCAUACCCCUAGUCCCUCUUUGAGUCUGAGCGGAUAAACCCACACCGUACAUGAUGUAAUUGGAUAACAAACUUGACAGUCCCACCUAUGAAAUAUUCUUCUGAAUGUUGAUCUGAAUUUUGCUUCCGGAUCUGCCUGGCAAAUACAGUCCUAGAGUCAAAUUCACUACUAUGGGCCUAAGUGAGACCUAUCCCUCCACUGAUGUCAGUGAAGUUUCCCCUGCUUACACCUGUUAGGAAUUUGGCCCUAGGUCUGUCCUGAUGAUUGAAGAGCAGAAUUUCACCCUUAUUUGUUUAGAAGCAAAAUGUUAUGGGAGGAAUGCUUGCAACUUUAACCCAGAUCCAUAGUAGGGAUGAUAGAAACAACGUUUUUCUUUCCCAUUUAUCUUGUAUAGAGAAACCACUACCUUACUUAUUCAUUUUUCAAACUCUUACCUAAAAGAGACAACAGUCUUAUGAACUUUUUCCUAUAAUACAGCAACCUAAUGACUGGCACCAGAGGAAAUUUUGAAAUAGAUGAAAGUGAUGGUUUGUUCCAUAAUCUUAAUUGUCAGAGAUCAGCAUGUUUCAACCCUUUGCUGGACCUGCACCUUGAUUGAGUCUGACGCUGUCUUACAAUGGCCCUGAUUCUACACCUAUUAAGUCCACUCCCCUUGAUUUCUUAUGGAGGCAGAUUGACCCCAAUCAAAAGAUGGCUCUUGUCAAUCUCUGCCCUUGAUUUUUUUUCCUGCCCAACUCAGUUUAAUUCUUUUUUGAUUUAUUUUUAAAGCUGAUUUGAAAAAUUUAUUUUAAAAUAGCAGCAUCCCUGUGCCUGAGAGAUCAAUAUGGAUUAUUGCACUUGGCAGUGAUGCGGCAGGCACUUCGUCUUGAGGGUGUGGCAGCGUGGGGUAUGGUCUGGUCAAUUUCUGAGCUGUAUGUGUGACUCCGGCAGUGAUGCUAGGAGUCUGUCAAAGAGGAAAAGCCCAACGCAUCUAAUGUCCUGAUUCUGUAAAGCAGCCCUGAUCAGCAAAGCCCUUAAGCGUCUGCUUAAAGUUUAAGCAAGUGCUUAAGCACUUUCCUGAAUCGGGGAGUAAUUGCUGACUUACCCACAUUUCUCUGAUAUCUUCUAAAACAUCAGAGUACCCUCUCCUCUGUUGGCUCAAAACAACUGGAGAAGAAAUAUCUGAACUGAAGUACCAUUUAACUGCCCUGCAGCAGGUUAAUAGUUCUGCUCCGUUUCUGAGAUCCCUUAAAUCUUUUGUGUAGGGAGGGACCCUAUUGGUCUGUUCUUGGUUUCUGAGCAUUUCAGGAAACUUGGGGCCAAAUUUCCUGCUGGCAUAAGUGGCCAUAAAUUCUAUUGAUAUCAGUGGCACUCUGACCAUGUCUGUAGGUGGCAAAGUCAGCCAUUAAGAUUGAAGCGGUAUUGCUGAUGGCCAUAAUUACAAGAGCUGUAUAAAUUAGCUUAGUCCUGCUUUUUACAACAUAGGCUUUAACCUCUAACCUAGGACUCCCAAGAAAAGUUCAACCUGAUUUUUAGUGCCCUUUUUCACCUUAGAACAUGCAGAAUGCUCCAGCCAUGAGGAGUGGGGACUGUGGUUUUUAGCAUAGUUUUUAAAAAAUCGCGUUCAAAUGUCUUAUGGAAGCUGUGCAUUUUGGGCCCAAUUCCACAAGGAGCAGAGUACCUUAUAGUGCACUCUGCAGGAUAGUGCUUUCUCUCUUUUUUUGCUUUUUAUAUGGGAAUAAGACUAAAGAAUUGAUUUCUUGUAGCCUAAAUUAUUUAGGCUUCUCUUCACGCCUUGAUGCACGGGCCCAUUGGGGCGGUUAUGCUUUAUUUCACAAGCCUUGUUCCUGUUACAGGACCUGACCCUGCAGCCCGUUCCAACAUCCAUGAGCAGAGGGAUCGAUCUUGUAACUAACGGUUGGGUCAUUAGUUCUCUGACCGCCCCACCUUGUCCUCAGACCUUCCAGGGAAGUUCCUUCUCAGGAAGCUGUAUUGCCAUUAACGCUGGGUGCACCACGAGAAGUUCAUAGGAAUUCAUUCAAAAGCCUGGGUCAGAUUGACUGUGGAUGACGUUCUGACACUCUUCACCCCUUCCUAAUGGUGGUACGGUUUUAAGCCUGUCUGCUGCUUUAACAUCCCAACUCAGAUGUUUUGCAUGUUAAGGUGGCACUAACACACAGGUAUCUGAUACUCAACUAGGCAUGUCUCAGCUAGGGGCAGCUCUGUCCCUCCAUAUUACUUGGAAAUGUAUUGAUAGGCAAGAAGCUCACACAUGCCUCCUGAGUUGACCCACUCGUGAGAAUGUUCAUGCAGCCACUAAUUUGACCUUUUUAAAAACAAGGGAGACAGAUCCUCAGCUAGUGUGAAUUAACACAUUUCUAUUCACUUAAAUGGCGCAAUGCCAAUUUACACCAGCUGAGGAUCUAGCCUAGGCUUUCUGGCACUGAAUCCUUGCUUCCUCCUGCCCCGCCACCCCGAUUGCACCCUACUAAAGAGCAAUUGGAAAGGGCCAUGUGUAUAGUCUCUCUCGUAAUCCAUUCCAUGAUCUGCUCCUUGCAAUAUUUGAACUUCCAGGAUCUGAUUUUUAAAAUGGCAAUGCUUUUAAGAAUAUACCUGGAUAUUUGACUCAGAAAGUGGGAUCACAUUUCAUUAAUAUGGAAUGUACUUUAAAAAACAACAACAAAAAUUGCCUAAUUGAAGAGGGAUUGGAAAGGACAGGGAAGAAAUAAAGGUUCAUGUGACAAUGGGUAUUGGGUUCAGAAUUUAAAAUGAAGAUCUGAAUUCCUCUCCUUUCCCCACAAUGGCUUUUUCCAUACACACAAGUAUAGACAGUCCAUCCUGUGCCAGGUUGCAGGCUUUAAAUUAAUUGAAACUGUUUCAGGAUAAGAGAUUUAAAAUUAUGCUACAAGGUGCCACAGGACUCUUUUCCGCUUUUACAAAAUUAUGCUUGUUACUCGACUUUUUCUUUACUGUUAAAGUUGCAAUGCAAGAAGAGGGAAAGCUAGGAGAUCAAAUAAAUUGUGGACUUUUGACGGUAGGAAAACAAAAAGCUGCGGGCUGAAUCCUUGCUGUCACUGAAAUCUAUGGAAGAUUUGCAGGUGACUUCAUUGGCGCAGGGAUUCGGUACUAUGGUUCUAAGGCAAUCUGGAAUUGUCGCAAAAGGGUCUCAUUGAAUGUAAUGCUUUUCUGGUGACUCAGCAUAUGAAAUCCUGGCCCCAUUGUUUUGCCAUCGACCUCUGUGUAGCCAAGAUUAAGUACAAAAGAAGAAAGCAUGGCCCAGAUUGCGCUCUGUUAGACGGGUGUGAAUUCAGAGGAACUCCGUUCAUGGAGGAGACAUUUUAAAAUCAAUGGGGUUAAUCCAGAUUUAACAGCAAAAUUAGGGUCUAUCUAAUUUAACUACAACAACAAAAAAUCUUAUUAGAGCUGGCAUUUCAAGAUCAAUAAAUGUGAUUGUCAGUGGGGGGAGGGGGGAGGGAUUUUUAAAGUCACAAAGGAUGGAUAGGUGCCCAAUUUCCACAGAAAGUCAGUGGGAGUUGGGCACCCACUUCCACAAGUGCCUUUUGAAAAUCACCCCACUUUCUUUUUGAACAUGUUUGCACCCAUAAUGUGUGCUGUUUCACCCAGUGUCCCUGAUGUUCUGACAAAUUGCCUGAAACUUGCACUUCCCCCGAAUUUUGUAUACUUUUCCCCAAAAACCUCCUAUAAGAGUGCUGUUCAGUUUUUAAAAUCACACAUUUACUCAGUCUUGAAAUUUUAUGGUGCUAGGACAGAAAUACCACCUCAUUGCAGGGGCCAUGCUCAUCUGAGACAGAUAAUCUGUAUUAAUAAUAAAAUCAGCUUUAAUUCUAGGAAACUUCCUCUAGCUGGUACUCUAACCUCCAGUUGAAUUGUUAACCUUUUUUAGUCUCUCUCUCUAAGUUUAUUAUAAAUAACCAACCUGAAGCUUUUUUUAGUCAUGGUUACUCUGUCAUCUGUAUAUGUUGCACUGAAAAAGUUAAUAUUUAAUGUUUUAAUUUAUUUUGUGUGGUUAAAUUAAUUUUGAUUUCUGUACUAUGUUGUGAUUGGCUGUUUUCUCUUUAAUACCUGAAUUCUAGUUACUUAGAGUGAUAAAGUACACUUUUUUCAGAA